AUGGCAGUUCCCGAUACAUCGACCAUUUGUGCGAAUUUAACUUUAGCCGAUGUUGAUGAUGAUGACAACUCCAUGCAGUUUCAGAAUGUUAAUGCUUCAGAUGCAGUUGUGGACACAUCGUAUUAUGCUAUUGGAAGGCUUGUUACAGGCAAGUCUCUGUUGGUUUUGCGACGCCUACAGUCGGAUGAAGAUCCUGAGACAGUGGAGUUAUUUCACUGUGACUUCUGGAUACAGAUCCAUAAUCUCCCAGUUGGUUUCCGUUUGGAUUCCGUUGUUUCAACUAUAUGUUCAUUCCUUGGCAUGCUGGUUGAAUCUGAUGACAGAAACUUUGAUGGCUGUUUGCGAACAUUCUACCGGGUGUGGGUAACUGUUGACAUUUCCAAACCGUUGAAGAAACAGAUGAAGUUAAAGAAGAAUGAUGGUGCGUGGGCGUUUGUUAACUUCCGAUAUGAGAGGUUGCCUACUUUUUGCUUUCUAUGUGGGAUUAUUGGGCAUGGUGACAAACUUUGCCCAAAAACACUCUAG